UAACUUGUUUCCACUAGCGAAUGUGGACGACCUACCUUGCGUGUGUCAGCGAAGAGAGUUCAGAAACGUUUAAGAAUUUUGAAACUCUAAAACCGAGGAUUCAUAUUAGAAGAACAAAGAUGGAGUGUGUGUGUUUGCUUUAAAGUUUUCCAGCUGGUUUCUGUUGCUGUAGCUGCCUUCAUUAGAAGAAGAAGAAGAAGAAGAAGAAGAAGAAGAAGAAGAAGAAGAAGAAGAUUUGCUACUGCCACUGCCAUGGACUGGAAGACGCUCCAAGGCCUCCUGAGUGGGGUCAACAAGUACUCCACGGCAUUUGGCCGCAUCUGGCUGUCUGUGGUCUUUGUGUUCCGAGUCUUGGUGUACGUGGUGGCGGCCGAGAAAGUGUGGGGCGACGAGCAGAAGGACUUUGACUGCAACACCAAGCAGCCAGGCUGCACCAACGUCUGCUACGACUUUUUCUUUCCCAUCUCCCACAUCCGCCUGUGGGCCCUGCAGCUCAUCUUCGUCACCUGCCCCUCGCUGUUGGUGGUCAUGCACGUGGCCUACAGGGAGGACCGCGAGAAGAAGCACAAACAGAGGCAUGGAGAGAACAGCUCCAACCUGUACGAGAACACCGGGAAGAAGCAUGGCGGGCUCUGGUGGACCUACUUGCUCAGCCUCUUCACCAAGCUGGGCAUCGAAAUAGGCUUCCUCUACAUCCUCCACCACAUUUACGACAGCUUCUACCUUCCCCGCCUGGUGAAGUGCGAGAUCCUACCCUGCCCCAACGUGGUGGAUUGCUACAUCGGCCGCCCGACGGAGAAGAAGAUCUUCACCUACUUCAUGGUGGGCGCCUCUGCCCUCUGCAUCGUGCUGAGCGUUUGUGAGAUCAUCUACCUCAUUGCCAAUCGAGUCCUGCGCUGCAGCAGAAAGCUGAAGAACAAGAGCAAGAGGGACUCGGUGGCCUACAGUAAAGCCUCCACCUGCCCGUGUCACAACAAGAUGACCACCCUGGACUUCAAGCCUGCCCUCAAAGGCACCGAGCUGCGGGCGUCCGCUCCCAACCUCUUAUACGGUCAAUGAAACAUCUUUCAAAGAGCUGUCCAAUGGUUUUUUCUAGAUCACUUUUCUUCUGUCCCCUUUCUGUUUUCUGUCCUACUUAUCCAUUUCUGUGUUUAAACUCUCCUGUAAGGUCCAGUCAUGGUAAAACUAAUAAUUCAGAUCAGCAGAUUUCAUUUUGUCCAUGGUCGGUGUCCAGACAAUGGAUACCUGUAAUAAACGAAGAUGAUAGGUAGAUUGUCCACUAUUGACUAUGGUCAAAGAUUAUGCAAGAACUAAGGAGGUAUCUUAAUGGUUCAUCUAUAUAAGGUCUUAAGAGCAGGGAAAGCAGUUAAUGGCAUGCUGUUGCUUCCAAUUACCAGAAUAAAAAACAAAGUUUCAUACAAAUGUAUUCUGCUUUCUUAAACUUAACAUCCCUGUUCACUUAAUGAACUUCAGAAAACGAUAUCUCAGGCCUUAGCAGAGCUUGUUUUGGAAGUCACCUCUUCAGUUUAGGGAAUAUGACCCUGCAGGUUCUUUCCUAAUCAUGGCCGUGGCCAUUUUUAAAACCUUUCUGUGGUUUAAUGGGAGCCUGAUCUAGUGUGUCGAGUCUUUCACAAGAUGACUGUACUCAAGAGUACUCAAGCAGACUGGGCUCGUCUUUUCAAUGCCUGUGGUGUAAUAUCCAGACUCUCAGUGAUACUGCCUAAGCUAGGAUUUCUCAAGUGGAGAGUCGAGGAGCAGAGCUGCAGGGAAGUAAAACCCAGCCUGUUUGAGAGAAUGUUUCACUUCAAAACCUGUUUUGUUGAAUGGAAUCCAAUGCAGAACUUUUUUUUUUUUAAAACUUCCCUUCAAUUUAACUACAUUUUCUAACAUGCAUAGUGUUAUAUCUUUCAAAAUGAUAUUGAUUUGAUUAUUGUUAUUAUAAAUAUGUAAUGAUCAUAUUGUAAUAGCUUCUGGUAAUAAGUUAUGUACUAGUUUAAUAGUUGUGCAGGGUUUCUUUUCACAUGGGUCCACAACAAAUAAAUAUAACAUGAAUGAAUGAAGGUAAUGCACAGGUUUGCUUAAUACUGUAUAACUCCAUGUAUGUAUCAUGUAUGU